AUGCACCGUCCGGCAGCCCUCGCGCCGCAGUUGCUCCUCGACGGCGGCCAGCAGCGAGCCCCCAAUCCCUCGUCCGCGGUGGCCGGCCUCGACGCAGAGCUUGUGCAGCAGCGCCUUUUCCUUCAUCCGGACGUAGAAGACGUAUCCAGUGACGGUCGAAGACGCGGAAGAAGCGGAAGAAGCGUCAGACGCAGCAGAAUCAGUAGAAUCAGCGCGAGAGAAGAAGAGACGCGAGUUGGGCUUCCGGCAGAGGCUGAGGUCGAGCGUCAUGGCCUCCGAGGGGGGAAAAGUGCGGCGUUCGAUGCGGGCGACCUGGGCGAGCACGGCGGCGGCGGCAUCCUGGCUGAGGCUGCGCAGGUCGAGGACUCUCGCCUCCUGGUCUGCAUCCUGUCUUUCUCUCCUUUCUCUUCCUCUGGCGUCGUCGGUGGCCAUCGCAGGCUGAGAGAGAAAGCAGACGAAGCGAAGAUGAAGUUGAAGUCGAAGAUAGAUAGAGAGAAGAUGACUAAGCGGGGAUGA